AUGAAACGUAUCAGUGUCCUAUUGCUCAUGCUGCUCGGAAGUACCAUUAUCGUACAGGCACAGCCGCCCCAGGUGAGAGUAACCAUUCAUGCAGCCACUGUAUUCCUGAAUGGGGCAGAGCUGGCUAGCACCGCAAAAGUAACGUUACCACAAGGCGAAAGCGAUGUGAUCUUUACCAAUGUUGCCGGCGAUGUAAACCAGCAAAGCCUGUCUAUUGGCGCGGGUAAUGGCGUAGUUAUACAGGCGGCCACUUUUCAGAAUAAUUACCUGGCAGAUAGCAGUAUAUCGCCAAGAGGUAAAAGGCUGCAGGAUACGAUUGCCGUGCUGACGCUGGAUAUUGCUGCUAUUACCGAUAAGAAAACCGUGGUUGAUGAACAGCUUGCCGUAUUAAAGGAAAACAAAAAAGUCUCCGGGCAGAACAAUGGCCUGUCUGUUACCGAGUUGCAAAAGCUAUUGGAGCUAAUGAGUACCAGGAUGAACAGCCUGCUGACGGCACAGCGUACACUGGCCGCCGAUAUAAAUAAAAAGAAUGAACGGCGGUCCCUGUUACAAAACCAGUUGAAUGAAGAACAAAAGAAAAACUACCAGCCCGGCGGUCAGCUCCUGGUCAAAUUUUAUGCUCAGCAGGCUACCGCUUCUACGAUCAAUAUAAGUUAUGUAGUGCCCAAUGCAGGCUGGUCGCCUACCUAUGAUUUGCGGGUUGAUAAGGUGAAUGAUCCGGUGAAACUGUCUUACAAGGCAAAUGUGUUUCAGAACAGUGGUGUGAGCUGGAACAAUAUAAAGCUCAGCCUGUCUACCGGAAACCCCAAUGAAGGUGCUGAAGCACCGGUGCUUGCACCCGGUUACCUUUCUUUUUAUAACCCGGUUGCCUAUGAGAGCCGUGCAAAUAGAAUCCAGUCAAACUGGGCUCAGCCGGCGCCCAUGAUGAAAAGUAAAAGAUUAAUGGACACCGCAGUAUUGGGUUAUGCACGGGAGACAGAGGCGUUGAAUGACUAUACGACCGUAGAUAACACCGGCAUCAAUACCAGCUUUGAUAUAGACCUGCCGUAUAGCAUUCCUUCCGAUGGCCAGCAACAUACCGUGGCCGUUAAGAGUUAUGAAUUGCCAGCUACUUAUCGCUAUUUUGCCGUGCCUCGUUUGAAUAAAGAUGCUUUUUUGCAAGCGCAGAUCACCCAGUGGGAAGACCUCAAUUUACUGCCGGCAAGCACAAAUAUCUUCUUUGAAGGAUCAUAUGUAGGACAAGGUUAUAUCGAUAUGCGUAAUGUUCGUGAUACGAUGAAUCUUUCACUGGGGCGCGAUAAAAAAAUUGUGAUACGUCGUGAGCGGGAUAAAGACCUGCAUACAGGAUCUUUUGCAUUUGCAUCUUGCCAGAACGCUCCUGAAGCAGAUAAGGCACAGGCAACCGACGCAGUAGCUGUGGACACCAACGCAGCUAAGGGCAGCAGCUACAAGGCCGAUCUGGCACAGAGCGUUGUUGAAUGGGUAGGCACAAAGCCAACCGGUAAGCACAACGGUACACUGAGUCUGAAAGAAGGUAAUAUCGCCGUUGAAAACAACGCAAUUACCGGUGGUAAGUUUGUAAUUGACAUCAACAGCCUGAAGGCGCUUGACCAGGAUAGCACGGGUAAUGCCAAGCUGGCCGGUCACCUUGCCAGCCCUGAUUUCUUUGACGCGGCUAAAUUCCCGGAAGCAACUUUUGAAAUCGCUACCGUAACGGUGGGUGUUGAUACAACAGGUGGUCAUAAAAUCAUCCUGCAAGACGCUACUCAUACCAUUACCGGUAACCUUACUUUAAAGGGUGUAACCAAGAGCAUUUCUUUCCCUGCGAAAGUGGCUUUGACAGAAACAAGUGUGACAACUGAUGCUGAUUUCAACAUCGAUCGUACACAAUGGGGUCUUUCUUAUGGUGCUGACAAGGGCCUGAAAGAUAAGAUGAUCCAUGCUGAUGUAAACCUGAAGCUGCACAUCGUUGCUACUAACCCUCAAAUGGCGGACACAACAUCUAUCACCACGCAAAUAAUGGAAGGGCUGAGGGCAACCGGCCCCGUUGAAUACGUGGCUGUUACCGCCGGUAUUGCUGCCGUAUUCCUGGAGCGUGCCGAGAAUAUCUGGUUAUACCCUGUAGGGCUGAUCAAUACGAUCCUGUACAUCUACCUGAGCCUGAACGGGCAUCUUUACGGAGAGGCCAGUGUCAAUUUGUUUUAUACAAUUAUCAGUCCUAAAGCCGGUUCAAUAGUCAUGUUGUGCGAUAUGAUGAAAGGCUUUAUUGCCGUGAAGCUAUCGUUGCUGUCCCAGUUUGAAUGGCAUAGUGAAGCGAUCACCAACCUGCAGAUCUGCCUUGGUCUUGCCGCCGUUGUUGGUCAUAUCUUCCCGAUAUGGGCUGAUUUCCGUGGCGGUAAAGGAAUCGCAACACUUUUUGGUAUGAUCCUGUCCAUUCAGCCGCUGGUUGCUAUCAGCCUGAUCGGGGUAUUCCUGCUCAUGCUCUUCCUGACGCGUUAUGUAUCAUUGAGUUCUAUCAGCGCCAGUAUAGCCUUUCCGCUGCUAAUCCUGUUUAUUUUCCAGGAGCCGGAGAUCAGUUACAAGCUUUUUGCCAUUGCUACCGCCUGUUUGGUGGUACUCACUCACCACAAGAAUAUAAGCCGUUUGCUCACCGGCAAUGAGAGCAAGGUGCCAUUGUUCCGUAAACGUAGGAACAGGGAUCAGGCCGAUUCUUAA